UCCAGGACAGAGACGCCCGCCAUGCCCGACACUCUCGAGACCGCCCAACAUUUUAUCUUCGUGACGCAGGUGCACUUCUGCGCCAUGUACGCCAUCGUCGCCUGGGACUGGAUCACCAGUCUCCCGACUGAAUGGCGAUGCAUUUGGAAAUGCCGCUGGACACCCAUCAAGCUUACCUACCUCAUGUGCCGCUAUUGGGUCCUCACCGUCGUACCCUACCUUCUCUACGUCUUUUGCGUCGAUCACUCUUUGGAAACCUGUCAGCGAAUCUAUCGUAUUCCCGUCAUUCUUGCCAUGUGGAACCAAGUCGGCGCGGAAGCCGUCUUGGUCAUACGCACUUAUGCUUUCUUUAAUCGGAACAACGCCGUCCUUGCGGCGCUCCUGAUCAUGAUGUCCGCCAUGAUCACCUAUCAACUCUGGGUCGCUGUAGACGCGAUGGACUUGCUCGCUUUCGUGAAGCCUCCCUUUACGAUGGGUCCAUGCCUACCCGUAUCCAAGCCACACUCGGCACAUCUUCUAGGAUUUUUCAUCGCCCCUUUGGCAUUCGACACGAUCGUCACCACCAUGACCGUGGCCAAAGCGAUCACGGUUCGUCGCCGCAACGGCGGCAUGACCAGCCGCCUCAUCCAGACAUUCAUCCGCGAAGGGGUCUUCUACUUCCUUCUGAUAUCCAUAGCUAAUUUGAUCAACGGAAUCUUCUACCUCCAACCGCGCCAAGCCAUUUCGGCCAUUUGCAUCCCACUCAGCGUGAUGCUCGCACCGGUCCUCGCCUGCCGUAUGGUAAGGCUUAGAGUCCCACGAUAUGCAACAAGAUACUGA